UACACAAAGGCGCAGCUGUGGCGCGAAAGUGGCGCGCGGGUGUGGCUUCCAGCUCCGGUCUCGCGCUGCAUCUGCUCAGCAGCUGGAAAUAGACGGUCAUUAUUAUUUCUUUUAAUUCUGUUUUUUUUUUUCUUCUUCCGUCUGGUUUCUGUUUCAGUUUGGGUUUAUAAAACCCAGACCCAGGAGUGUGGAGUGUUUCUUCUUCUUGCCGUUGGAGAUUUUUUCCCUCCUUUGUUCCGGAAGUUCAAUUGUUCUCUUUCUUUGUCCUUCAGCUCCAGGUCCUUCAGCUCCAUGCUCUUCUGCUCCUCUCUUUCACCCGGACCUGAACAGAUGAAACGGUAAAUAAGAGCAGUGCUUCACCUUCUCGCUGCCUGUGGCCUGAGUGCGUGUUGGAGAGGAACUCUGGGGGAAGUGUUGAGGAACUCUGACUGCACUCAGGGCUUCCUGAUUCUUCAGCACACUGCAGUGCGGGAAAAUCUCACUUUUAUUUGGUCGGAAGCAUUGCGAGCGUGUGAACUGUGGUGCAGAAACAGUGUUAAACCCGACUGAAAGGUCGCUGUGUGUGUGAGCUAUGGUUUACCUGCUCUAAACUUCUGCAAAGCUUCAGUUCCACUCGAUUCCUCACAUCAUCAGCACGACAUUCUCAUUGGGUGUGAGGCAGAACCGAGCGCGUGUUCCGGACUACGAUUAAAGCAGCAAUACGCGACUUUUCCACGCGUUGCAUUGUGCUGCACCGCGAGCUCACCCUCACACCAGCCUCCACUGUAAUGCAUUAGAGCUCUAAACGUGGACGGUUGUGAAUCCAGCUGUGUGUGUGGAUUAAACAUGGAGUGUGAUCACCACCAGCACUAUUUCUAUGAUGAGAUGGACGGAAGAAUUGAAGACUUCUUUACAUCCACGGCGCCCAGCGAAGAUAUCUGGAAGAAGUUUGAGCUGCUCCCGACGCCGCCCGUGUCCCCCUCCAGGACCUUCCCUACAGCGCGCUCGUUGUUCUCACCGCAGGUAUCCGAGCGAAGCGUGUGGGCAUCGGACGAUUACGGCGUGCUUCCUCUGAAGAAGCUCGACCCUCUGGACGUGUUCGGGAACCUGAGCUCCGUGGUUAUUAAGGACUGCAUGUGGAGCGGUGGGUUUAACUCCAGCAGAGCGAUCCCUCGCUCAGAAACUCACCAGAGUGAACUCACGCAUGUGAACGCACCACGCAUCCAGAGUGCCGCGAGACAGACUGACGUACAGGUCACGAGGUGUGUGAACCCCACCGCUGUCCUCAACCUGCCCGUGUCCCAGUCCAAAAAGACCCCGGCGUCCUCAGGAUCCGAGUCACGCUCCGACUCAUCCGAUGAUGAGAUUGACGUGGUGACGGUGGAGAACCGUUUGAAGAAGCGCAUUCGCACACCCAUCACCAUCGCCGUGAGCGCUGACCCGCACGGCCCACGCAAGAAACACUUCCACAUCUCUCUGCACCGGCAGCAGCACAACUACGCUGCUCCGUCUCCUGAAUCUGACGACGAACACCACCACCACCAUCCCAGUGAUGAUGACUGUGAUGAAGAGCCGCUCGGUAAACGAGCUCAGAUUGACCCUUUGCUCUUAUCUGCGCCGUCGUCGUCCUCCUCCUCCUCUCCAGCCAGCUCUGACUCCGAGGACUCCACCGAGCAGCGCAGGAACUUCCUGGAGAGGAAGAGGAGGGACGACCUACGAUCUCGCUUUCAGAUGCUCCGGAACGAAAUCCCGUGUCUGUCGGAGUCUGCGAAAACCUCGAAGGUGGCCAUCCUGACCCACGCCACAGAGUACCUGCUGCAGCUGCGGGCGCGAGAGAGACUGCAAGCGCAGGAGAGGAAGAAACUCCGAGCCAGGCGACAGCUGCUGCUGCGUAAAAUCAGCACCCUCAAACAUCCAUGAACCCAAACAGAUGCAUGUUUAUGCCGAUUAUAAAGGGUUAAAAAUUUGUGCUGAGGGUUUUUUUUUCUUUUUUUCUAAAGCAUAGAUAGUUAAAGAUAACUAACACGGUUUAUGCAAAGAGUCCGAGUCAAAUUCAGAACUGACAAAAACAUGAGACUUGAAAAGAGCUGCGAUCAGUGCAGGGAAAACUCGACUAAAUAUCCAGUGAUGCAAUACACUUCACACAAACUGACUGCCAGAGAAAUAAAACCUACAAACUCCUGCUGCAGGAACCGAAAACUGAGAACUCUAACUGCAUCGAAUUGCCUUCUCAUCUCCUCGAACUCAAACGACUCCUGAACUUCAUCUGAAAUAAAUCAGACGUGUUGAAUUCUGAGAUGCUGUGCUUUCUCACACUGAGCUGAAAGUGUAUCAUGCUGUGAUUUUUUUUUUUUUUUUUUAUCAUGAGGAUCCUCGUGUCAUCCGUGUUUACUCAGGACUGGAGCAGGAAAAAAAAAAAGAAAACACUGUUGAACUCUGGCACGUGCCCAUGUCUGAUUCCUCACAGCGACUCUUCAGGACCUGAAGAAUGAAAUAUAGGAAUUUUGAGAUGGAUUGAAUUUUGGCACAGGCUUAGGGAAAUUGUGUGUGUGUGUGUUUUUUUUUUUUUUUUUAAUUGGACAGGUGUUCAUGUCUUUACACCAGAUGAACUUUGCACAUUAACAGCAGGAAGUGUUUGUGUUUUUCUUCUUCAUAAGAAUGAAAUGAUCCUGUGUGUGUGUGUGUGUGUGUGUGUGUGUGAGAGAGAGAGAGAGAGAGAGAGACGGGAAAUAACAAGCUCUGCUCUCUGGUCAUACAGUGGUGUGUUUAAUGAUGUGCAUCUUUCCAUGUUUUCCUCAAUUACCUCAGUGGUGUGUGUGUGUGUGUGCGUGUGCGCGCGCAGUUGUGAUUUGCUGUAGCAUUUGCACAUGGGCAGUGGAGGUUUUUUUUUUUUUUGACAACUCAAAUCUGCACAUUGGUGUAAAUACUUUGUCAUUCAUGUGUUUUCCACAUCACAGAUUCUAUUUUGCUUAAAAAAAUGCAGUUUUAAAAGUAAGUGUGUGUGUGUGUGUGUGUGUGUGUGUUUGGAAGUUGGAUGAGGAAGGAAAUUUAUCACAACAGACAGUUUAACUUCCCUGACCUGCAUGACUGGUUAUACACACACACACACACACACACACACAAUAUGCACCCAAAGUGUGAAGGGAGAUUUGUAUUGAAAUAAAGAAUGAAAAUUA